AGACCAACUCCUUUUCCACUCCCACCACCGUCUGUACAUAGAUUUCCUGCUGUCGCCAUGUCCGAAGUAAAGAUGGAGUUCAAGCCAGGGAACAUGCCAUUCCGCAGACUUGGCUCUUCUGGGUUGCGUGUUCCGGUGUUCUCGCUCGGCGGAUGGUUGACCUUCGGAAACACGGUCAAGGGAGACCCCGUCAAGGAAAUCGUGAAAGUCGCAUUUGAGAAUGGAAUUAAUAUGUUCGACGAGGCGGAAGUUUACGCCAAUGGAAAGUCCGAGGAGGAACUAGGACGCGUGAUUCAGGAGCUCGGCCUGCGUCGUACUGACCUUAUCGUCACUACGAAGUUGUAUUGGGGUGCCGCGCGCAAGGGACCAAACGACCAAGGUCUUUCGAGGAAACAUAUCAUUGAAGGGACUCGCGAGGCUUUGGAACGACUCCGCCUCGACUAUGUCGACGUUAUUUUUGCACACCGUCAUGAUUUCACAGUUCCUAUGGAGGAGAUCGUACGGGCCUUCAGUUGGGUCAUUGACCAGGGUUUGGUACGUCGCUUCCUAAGACGACAAAGUUUUACAUCUAGUUAUAAUGUGAAGGCGUUCUACUGGGCGACCUCGGAAUGGUCUGCCCGAGAAAUCGAGGAGGCUCACCACGUCGCGGACAAACUUGGACUGCAUGCUCCAAUUGCAGAGCAGUGCCAGCACAAUUUGCUGCACCGCGAGAGGCCCGAAGGAGAGUACGACCCCUUAUACAGGAAGUACAAUAUAGGGACGACAGUAUGGUCUGCCUUGUCUAGCGGUCUUUUGACCGGGAAGUACAAUGACGGUGUUCCCGAAGGCUCUCGCUUCGACACAAACAAGAAUUUCUUCAAGGGCAAGGAAGAAUUCCUCAAAUCUGAAGAAGGCCAACAGCAGAUCGCGAAAGUCAAAGAGCUCACGAAGCUUGCGGAGACAGAACUCAACUGCAAAGUUACACAUUUGGCGCUGGCGUGGGUAGCCAGAAAUCCAAACACUAGCACUGUCAUUCUGGGCGCUACCAGUCCCGAACAAGUUUUGGACAAUCUGAAGGCCAUUGAUAUCAUCCCGAAGCUCACGCCAGAAAUCCUUGAGAAGAUCGAGGCGAUUGUUCAGAACAAGCCGGCGCCACCCUCUUCGUACGGACGCCCUCCCUUGGACCGCCUGGGAAGGCUGUAAAUGGGUACAAAAACCGGAAUGUGAGACACAUCCGUAGGGGCUAACAGUUCUCCGUCGACGGCAUGGUACUGUUCCCCUCUCAGGCGCAGUAGAAGAUGAAGGCGCCCAUCGUGAUCUAGCGUCUUCGAUGAUUGUAUAGCGUGCGUAGAAAGAAUUGUACUAGUUUGUGGUCUCCCUCCUUGUGAAAAAGAUGAAUUGUUCGC